GAAUUAUUGAUGGCAAUGGCAAUUGCCAUUUUUGUCGCAGUGACAAGUCUUGUUUCUGCAAAAACAUACGAGAUUUCAACGGAAUGUCCAAAUUCUUUGAACAAAACUACAUUGCUCGCUCACGAACACGAUUGUACCAAAUACUACAAGUGCUUUAACGGACAAAGACAAUCUAUGGAUUGUCCAGUAUUUAUCCCAGGCCAUAGAAAACAUUUUGACAUUGAAUCUCAAUCUUGCGUUCUACCAUGGAAAUCAAAAUGCGUAUCCCAAACAUUCGAUUGUUUUACCGAUGGUUACGUACAAUCCCAUCCUUACAACUGCACUUUAUACUACGUAUGCACGAACGGUGAAAAAGUUGAAAACUCGUGCAAAGAAGGAGAGCUGUUCGAUUCUAAAACUAUGAAAUGUGUGGCUAAGGAGAAGGCGACGUGUAACGUUUAUAAGAACGUAUGCCCCAAUGGUAAAUUUGAUCCUGUAUUCUUGCCCCACGAAUGCAAAUGUCAAUCUCUAUAUUACGAAUGCGUCGAUGGAGAAUUCGUCGAAAGACGUUGUCAGAAAAAUGAAGAUUUCGAUGUUAAAAGUAGGAAAUGCGUUUUAUCUGAAAAAUUGGGAUGCAUCAUGAUCUCUACCAAUGAUUGUCCUGCAACCGGUAUCGCAUAUAUUGCUGACAAGACCGAUUGCAGUUCGUAUUACUUGUGCAAGGAUGGGAUGAAAAGCAAGAGAGUUUGCGACUUUGGAUUGUCUUACAACGAGGAAACUUCCAUGUGCACUUGGCCACCGAGUAACAUGUGCUCUUCGAAAUCGUUAAAACCGAGGAAGGUUACGCCUAAUGCGAUUGAGCAAGUUGAGAUUAGUCGAAAAUGUCCGCCGAAGGGAUCAGAGGAGAAACCUGCGAAAUUUCCGCACGAAUGCUCUUGUACCGUCUAUUACGAGUGCAAGGAUGGACAAUUGUUCCGUGAAACAUGUCCGAACGGCCUGAUUUACGAUUACAUUCGAGAAGUUUGCGAUUAUCCGUAUCGUGCCAAAUGCAAAAACCAAAAGUUCAAUUAUAAUUUUGCACUCGCAAAUUCUGAAUGUCCACCAACUGGUCAUGCAUACUUACCUCAUGAAACAAAUUGCUCCUUAUAUUACGACUGCAAUAAUGGUUACAACUAUCUAAAAUCGUGUCUACAAGGACAUUAUUUCAACGAUUUAAUCGAAUCGUGUGACUUAUCUUGGAAUGGAAAUUGUAAGAAUUCGUCAACAUCUCCUAUCUCUACUUCUACUACUACUACUACUACUACUGCUACUAUUACAACUACUACUACCACUAUUACAACUCCUAUUACCACUAUUACAACGCCGCAAUCUUCUGAAUGCGUGGAAUGUCCCAAUGGUUGCAAUUGUAUUAGCCGAUUUCCUGAUCCUCACAAUUGUUCCCUGUAUUAUCAAUGUGAAAAUGAUAAAAAAGUUUCAAAGGCAUGUCCCGAAGGCCUUCAUUACGACAGUGUGAAUCAGAUUUGUAAUUUUCCGGAAAAUGUGAAUUGCGAAAAAUGUAAAGAGGGAGAGAAACGUUCUCACGAAUGUCAAUGCAAUCAAUAUUACGAAUGCAUAAACGGAUACGAAGUGCUUCAGAUAUGUCCGCAGGGACAAUACUUUGAUUGGAAGAGAAAAAUAUGUAAAAAAGGGAAGUGUCCUGACCAAAUGGAUCGAAUUGAUUGUGUUGGUACUUGUUCGUCGUUUUAUUCCACAGAAUAUUUGCUUCAUAAAGAUUGUGACAAGUAUUGCGUAUGCGAAAAUGGAUAUCCCUAUAUCGUUAAUUGCCCCAAGAAGAAGGUCUACAAUCCAAAGAAUCAAACAUGCGAUUGGCCAGAAAACGUGGCGAAUUUGACGUGCGAUCCUUUUCAGUGCGAUUCCAGUUCCGAGGGAGAUAAUCUUCCUCAUGAAUGUCACUGUGAUAAAUAUUUCGUGUGCAGAAAUGGAAUGAAAUAUCGUGAAAAUUGCGAAGAAGGAAAAUACUUUGAUUAUGAAAAAGAAAUUUGUGUUAAUAUUAAUCAAGCUCAUUGUUAUCGUGGUGAAAAAUUAGAAUCAGAACCAUAAUGCAAUAGAACCUGUAUAAUUUAUAAUUCCACGUAUUCAAAGCUUUAUAAUUGCAAUGUGAAAAUGUGAAACGGGAAGAAUCAGCACGUAUCCCAAAAAUCUCUACUAUGAUGAUGAGGACAGAGGAUUGAUCUGAGAACAUA